CUCCAUCCACUCUUCCCCACAUCUCUCCAACUGCAAUACGCAUCAUUUCAAACCAAAAAUCAAGUGAGAAGAAGUGCCCAACCCCCCUUCCCACCUCACAAUCAUCAACAUGUCUCUGAUUACAGAUGAAAUCCGAAGCAGUGCCUCAGAAAUGUAUCGCGGAGAUGCAAUCUGCCAGGAAAAAUCCAGGUUCUUGCUGACAGAAAUGGGGUUACCGAACGGGCUGCUGCCAUUGAAGGACAUGGAGGAAUGCGGGUACGUGAAGGAGACAGGAUUUGUAUGGCUGAUACAGAAGAAGAAGUCGGAACACAAGUUCGAGAAGAUCGGUCGGCCUGUGCAGUACGCAAGAGAGGUGACAGCGUAUGUGGAGCCGAAGAGGAUCAAGAAACUGACGGGCGUGAAGACCAAGGAGCUCCUCAUGUGGGUUUCUCUUAGUGACAUUUAUCUUGAUGACCCGCCCACCGGCAAGAUCACGUUCAAGACCCCGACGGGCCUGUCCCGCUCCUUCCCGGUGGAGGCCUUCCAGCUCGAGGAGGAGCCGCCGGCCGUGAAGGAGGAGGUGAAGGUGAAUGCGGCGGCUGUGGAAGUGAAGGAGGUGUAAUAGUGUGAAAGUUAGAGCAUAAUUAGUGUUGGGAAGAAAAUAAUCACAUCUGAUUAGCUACCAUGUUGUCUUUUUUAUGUUAACUUGUUGUCUCUGCUUCUAAUUACAAUUUCUGUUAUUAAUAAGUUUUAUUUCAAAGUGUUUCUUAAACCCUAGUUUUAUAUA